AAUCGCGAUCAGUUUGCAAACAGAGUCUCGAAGCGUUCGGUUGUGGUGUGUUGUUUCGGUGCAGUAAUUCAUCCUCCGUGCGUGAACUACCGUUUUUGGUGUUGUUUGACUGCAGAUAAGAGGAAGCAAGUUCAAGUUCAAUUGAUAAGUUGUUCGCUAUAGGUGUGCUGUUAAACUGUGAAAACCGACCGAUCGAGGCCGUUUUCCAAUUUCAUUCAUAAGGCUUUCUGGAUCGUUCCGUUUGCAGCGAUGAGGAACCUGCUGAUCGAUCAGAUUGUUCACGACGGCUAUGCGGUGCUCGAUGACUUUCUCGCCCCGGAAGAGGUGUCCGAGUUGUUGGAGGUAGGACAAGCACUGCACAAAGAUGCUCCCAAGGAGGAACGGAGAGUUUUCAGUACCGUAAAUUCCAUAUCAGCCCAAAGCAAAGAUCAGUAUUUCAUUGAAAGUGGUGACAAAAUUCGAUAUUUCUUCGAAGAGGGCGCAGUCGACGAGAAUGGAGAGCUGUUGGUGGAUCCCUCGGUGGCAUUGAAUAAAGUAGGGCACGCUCUGCACACGGACCAUCCGGUAUUUUCAAAGAUAACCUUCUCCAACCGAGUGAAGGAAGUUUGCUGGCAGUUGGGCUUUCGGAAGCCAGCCGUAGCACAGAGCAUGUACAUCUUUAAGAAUCCGGGUGUUGGAGGCGAAGUCAAAUCUCACCAGGAUGCUACCUAUCUAUACUCGGAACCGAGUUCAACCAUAGGUUUUUGGAUUCCUCUGGAAGAUGCCACCCUGCAAAAUGGUUGCCUGCAGUUCAUCAAAGGUUCCCAUCGGAGUGGUGUGCACAGAAGGUACAUUCGCAACCCCGACAAAACAUCAACCGAGUUGUUAAUCUACGACCGACCGGCCCCACUUUAUCCGCAGUCUAACUUUGUCCCAGUUCCGGUGAAGGCUGGCUCGCUAGUACUCAUCCACAGCCAGGUGGUCCACCGGAGCGAUGCGAAUCGUUCGAACAGCAGUCGCCACGCUUACACUUUCCAUGUGAUCGAAACGGAAAACUGUGACUACUCCAAAGAGAAUUGGCUGCAGCCGCCAGAAGAUCGGCCUUUUCCGGUGUUGUUCGAACGAGAUUAGGAAGAUGCGGAGCGCUGCGGUUGGUAUUCGGCUUACAAUGUGCCAUAGAAGAUGAUUAUUUUUUCCAGUCUUUAUAUAUUGUAUGCAAAUAUAUGUGUAUGUUUUUAAGCUUAAA